AUGUGCAAGAAUAUUUUCCGAAUUAAUCCAAUUUUACUUUUUAAAAGAUUUCAUUCUCAAGAUAUUACGUUCAAACCAUUGAAUCCGUCUUUGAUACUGAGAGCAUCAAAAUUCCAGGAAGAAUUGACUCGAUUAGAAAGCCUUAUGGCUCAAAAUAAUAAUUCUGGUGGCGGGUUUAAUGUUGAACAACAAAAAAAGUAUGCUAAAUUAUGCUCUAUCACCGAUGCGCUAAAAGAAUACCAAGCCAAUUAUGAACAAUUUAAAGAGUUGGAAGAAAUGGUUAAACAGGAUCCAACUUUAAGUGAGGAUGCGGAAGAAGAAAUCAAAGAGAUAUAUCCUAACCUGGAGAAGAGCAAACAAUUAUUGUUUCAUAAAUUAUUACCACCCCAUCCAUUUGCGGAUAAAUCCUGCUUAUUGGAAUUGAGACCAGGUGUUGGCGGUACUGAAGCCAUGAUUUUUGCUCAAGAUUUAUUAAACAUGUACAUAAACUAUGCACAUCAUAAAAAAUGGGCAUACAGAGUUGUUUCUGAAACUGAAAACGAACAAGGCAAUGGGAUAGUUGAAGCUAUUUUGGCCAUAGAUGAACCUGGAUCAUAUGAUAGAAUGAAGUUUGAGUCAGGUGUUCAUAGAGUACAAAGAAUCCCAGCUACAGAAACUAAAGGCAGAACACACACUUCCACCGCGGCAGUUGUUGUUUUACCUCAAAUGGGGGGUGAAGAUGAAAGGGAAACAGACGCAUAUGAGCGUACCUUUAAACCAGAAGAAAUUAGAAUAGACGUUAUGAGAGCACGUGGCAAAGGUGGACAACACGUUAAUACUACAGAUAGUGCUGUUAGAUUAACGCAUUAUCCAAGUGGGAUAGUUGUUAGUAUGCAAGAUGAAAGAUCACAACACAAAAAUAAGGCUAAAGCCUUUGGUAUUUUGAGAGCCAAAUUGGCUGAAUUGGAAAGAAAGGAAAAAGAAGAAAAGGCAAGAAAGGCAAGAACAGAUCAGGUUACAAGUACAGAUAGAAGUGAUAAAAUCCGCACGUACAACUAUCCCCAAAACAGAAUUACCGAUCAUAGGUGUAAUUUUAGCAUAUUGGACAUGGAAUCUGUAAUGAAUGGUCAGAAAUUUGACGCUCUAAUAGAUUCUAUGGAGAAAUAUGAUAAUGAUAUAAAAGCCAAACAGUUAUUAAAUAACGUUGGUCAAAACUGA